UAAAAAAGAAAAACUGAUAUCUAUGGAGACAUCCCCCCUUCCUAAGCCAAAAUAUUUAAAAGAAGAUGGACUGAGUAAGGAAUGCGAGACCCUACUUUCCACUCUGCCCACUAAAAGUGGAUGGACUAUAGCUUUAUACAAUUAUCAAGGUCAUUGGCAUUAUGCUAGGCAAUUGCAAGGAGUCCUUUCAUGUCAAAAACACUUUCAAGCUCUACACAACGAUAUUCUUCUUGUCACCAUUCCUAAAUCAGGCACUACCUGGUUAAAAGCAAUCUUGUUCAGCCUAUUAAACCGUACUCGUUUCCAUCCAACCCAAGAUGACCACCCGUUACUAUCAAACAACCCACAUAUGCUCGUGCCUUUCUUGGAACGUUGGCUCUACAUGGAGGAAGAGAACCCAGAUCUUUCAUCGUUCGCAUCUCCAAGACUCUUUGCCUCUCAUUUACCGUAUGCAUCUUUACCAAAAUCCGUCCAGGAUUCAAAAUGCAAGAUUGUUUAUCUUUGUAGAAACCCUAAAGAUAUUUUUAUAUCUUUGUGGGCGUUCACAAACAAGUUGAGGCUCCAGGAAAUGGGGACUAAUUCAAUUGAAGAAGUUUUUGACAAAUUUUGUGAAGGGGUUACCUUGUAUGGACCGUUUUGGGAUCACAUGUUAGGUUAUUGGCGUGAAAGCUUGAAGAUUCGAGAAAAGAAUUAUUUUUUAACUUAUGAGGAGAUGAAAGAGCAACCUGAUCUUCAUUUGAGGAAACUAGCUGACUUUUUAGGGUGCCCAUUUUCUCCACAAGAAGAGAAAGAAAAUAUGGUUGGGGCUAUUUUGGAAAUUUGUAGCUUUAAAAUGAUGAGUAAUCUAAAAGUCAACAAGGAAGGGAAGCUUUCAUAUUCCGAAGUAAAUAACAAUACAUUUUUUCGUAAUGGUGAAGUUGGUGACUGGAAAAACUAUCUGACCACCGAAAUGGUAGAGCGCCUUGACAAGAUUUGUGAAGAAAAGUGCGACGGUUCAGGGUUAAAGUUUUAGUUCCCUUUUGUUUGUGUUCUUUUUGUUCUUGAAUAAGCUGUUUGCAUAAGUAGUCUGUUGGAAAAAUUGGUGAAAGUGUUUUCUUCCCCAAGUGGAAAAUGUGGUUUCCACUAGCUUUGUAGACAAAUAGUUAUAUGUAGUUGUGACUAACAUAAUUAUUAUUUAAGGGGUUUGUGUUUUAA